AUGUGUUUCCAAUGCACUAAAACGUCUGCUGGAAGAUCGGAGAGGAGAAAAACGGCUCCUGGUUCAUCCUUGCCAAAACCUAUACCAACGCCCACAGCAGAAGAGAAAUCGGAUGAGCCACUCCACAUCAAGGUUCCGCCUCCACGUAUCAUGAAAGCGAGACGCCCAAUGAAAAUAGUCCGAUCGUCACGUGAUCCUGCUUAUAAAACGCUAGAGCCAGACAUGAGCGAUUGGGAAAGUGCAAAAAUAAUGAAGCGAGACGAAUUGAUUGCGGAAAACCUCGAUAAGAAAUGUUCUGAGGAAAAUGAUCAAAACGAAUUUGGUGCAGCAGCAUAA